AUGCCGAGCAAACCACAAAAGCGCAAGUCGAUCACCAUUUCCGACGAAGACGAAACUGAAAAAGUCGCUAAGAAAGCGAAUACUACGAUGACGCCUUCGAGUCAAUUGAAAAAGAGCUCCGAGUUUGCUAGGUAUGCCCAUCCGGCCAGAAGGCGUUGCACAAUUUUUGACGACUGAACAGGUCAAUGCAAAAGUACUAUGACAGCCCUAGAGUCAUUGUUGAGGUUGAAGGCUCCAAAUUCACGCUACCAAAGGACCUACUCUGCGAGCUCUCGCCUUUUUUCGAUCGAGCCUUCAACGGCGCCUUCAAGGAGGCUACGGAGGGGAAAGUGACUUUGGAGGAAACGAACAGAAUUUCUUUCGAGCAUGUAAUCCGUUGGAUGCACAUGGGCAGUAUCGCAGUCCCAGACCCAGUAGUAUACGACGAAAAAGCGUUCAAUGAAGUAGUCAAGGAAUAUAUCGGAUUUUUCGUGUUGGCCGACAGGCUUGGUCUUCCAGGACCUUUUACGGUUGAUAUGCAGUCUUUGACAUCUACCGUAAGUCGUGGUAGGUAUACCGUAUCAAAGGAAAACAUGCGUCAAGGAACCAAUCUCCCAAAGAACCACUCUGUGCGUCAACUUCUUGCCGACUCUUGCAUUGGAGAAUACAUCGAUUCUGUGACGGAGGAUACAAAUUUUCGAUUAGGAGAGGAGCUCGAAGAAUUGGACGGGUUCGGAUAUGACAUAUUAAUGGCAUUUCAAAGAGCAGCCAAAGGAAAGAUGGAUGUUGAUGAUAAUGGCUCAUAUAUCGAGGAUCCUCUUCAUAAGGGAAAUGCUGCGUACAAUAUUCUAUUUUAUUGA